AUGGAACCUGUAGAUGAUUUAGAUUCCAUUAGUGUAUAUGAUGAUAGCGAAUAUAAGAAAGAUUAUGUAAUAAGAGAUUUAUUGCGAGAAGUUAUAACAAGUUCAAUAAAGGAAAUAGAUGGAAAAAGUAUUAAUUUACUAGAAACAUUAAUGAAAUAUGGAUAUGAACUAAAUAGAUGUAUUGAUAAGAGCAACUACUAUAUCAAUGAAGCAUUCUCGUCAAGAGUAAAUACAGAAAAAUUAAGGCGUAAAUUAAGAGUGCAUGUAUUUACAGUUUUUAAUGAUGGAGACAGAGAACUAAGUUAUCCUGCAAAUAUUACAGUUGAAGAUUCAGCAAAUGUUUAUAGAAAUGCUUCCCCAUCAUCCAUGACAUUUAAUAUUCAGGGUUAUAUUUUAGAUGCAGAUGAGAGUGAUUAUGAUGAUGUAGAUGAAUCAGAAAGGUUACCUACGAGAGUAAUGAAUGAAAGGAGGAAUUCUGGUUAUUUCAUUGAGGAUGAUGAUGAAGAUGAAGAAGGAAGUGAGAUGAUUAAUGAAGAAGUCGUUAGUAAAUAUUCGGGUACGGACAUUGAUGAGGAUUGUGAAAAUAAUGAAAACAUUGAUUAUCGUAAUACAAGUGUCAUGAAAUUUACGUCCUUUUUUUCAACUAUUAUGGUUAUGAGAGAAAAUGAAACAAUUGUAUAUGAUAAAAAAUACAAAAAUUAUUACGAUUGUGAUAAAUUGACUUUUACACGUACACUAAGUGAAAGAAGAAAUGAAAUAAUUAAAGUGUAUUUAUUUUUAGACCAAAAAACCCCUUUUUUUGAACUAUCGAAAAAAUUAAGUAUUUUUAUGAAGUCACCUGAAGAAACCAUCCCAGAAAUAAUGAAACGCAUUUAUGAAUAUUGUUUAGAAAAAGACCUAGUUGAUUCCAUUAGUGCUAAAAUAAAAACAGAUGAGAAGUUAAAAGAUAUAUUAGGUGUAGAUGAAUGUGAAUUUAGUGAUCUACCCAAGCUUUUGCAGAAGAAUUUUGUAAUUCAGAAACCAAUAGUACUAGAACAUAUUGUUGACUUAGAGAAUGAAGAUGAAUCUGAAAGUAUAUAUGAUAUUGUCGUUGAUAUUUUUGAACCGUUUGUAACUUUAGACAGUGGUAAACGUAAAAAAUUUGUACUUGAUUCGCAUCACUUAAAUGACGUAUUACAAUUUUUAAAAAAGCAUGAAAUAAAUGAGGAAGAGAACGAGGACACACUGAAUGAAGACUCUAUUAAAGAGUGCACUUGUACUACAAAUAAUUUAUGUAGUAGGGAUAAUAAUAGAUUAGAUGAAAAUGUUUACCCAGCAGAUGUUAGGAACAAUUUAUUGAAUGUAAAUGGUGGUGACAUAGUGAAUGAAAACGCGGAAGAGGAAAAUAUGGAACUAGAAGAUGUGGAGGAAAAUUAUGAUAAGAAAGAUUAUAUAAACAGUGGGAGAAUAAUAACUGUACUUACAGAAAAGGGUGAUAUAGAGGAAUAUUUAAUUAAAGAGUGCUCCGAAUUUUGUAAAAAGUAUAAAAAUUUAAAUUUAAAUUCUGUGGGAGUUACUAUAUUUGAAAAGAUGAAUGGAUUACAAAGUGAAAUAGAAAGUAUAGAUGAUGAUAUUAUAAAUAUAUUAUGUAAGAUUAGAAAAAAGAAUAAUUUAAGAUUACGUUAUACAAGAUUUUAUGAAGACCCAUGUGGAUUUAUUGAGCAUGUAAUGAAUAGUAAAUUUCCUGUGGAUUUCGAAAAUUUAGAUGAUAAUAUUGAUUACAUUUAUGACCAAGCAGCUAAUAUUAAUGAUGACAAUUAUUAUAAACUCCCUUGGGUUCAUAGAGGCAUUUCAAAGUAUUUGUUAAUUAAGGAUAAAAAUUUGGAUGAUGUUCUUAAAUCUUUUUUAAAUUCUAUGAAUUUGGAAAGUAAAAGAAAGAUUAGUAGUAGGAGCUCGAAUGGAAAUAAAAAACAAAGAGUACCUUUAAAUGAACAAAAUAAUUAUUGUCCAUAUAACGAUAGUAAUAGCAAUAACAACUAUAGUAAUAAUAAUAAUAAUAAUUAUUAUGAUAAUAACAAUAAUAACAGUAAUGCCAAUAAUGAUAAUAAUAUGAAUAAUAUGCUUAAUAUGAACAGUAUGCUUAAUAUGAACAAUAUGUAUAAUAUGAACAAUUUGUAUAAUAUGAACAAUAUGCAAAAUGUGAGCAAUAUGCAAAAUAUUAAUAAUAAUAAUAGUAAUAUUAAUAACAAUAAUUUAUGUUAUUAUUAUGAUAAUAAUAAUAUGAAUUAUAGCACUCCAGACCCUUUUAACAUUUCGAUGCAAAAUUAUGGAAAUAAUAUAAAUUAUGAAAGCAACAAUAUGCAAAACUCUGGUGGUUUUCAGAUGAAUAACAAUACAAAUGAUAAUGAAGUAAGGUUAAACAUGAAUGCUGAAAAUAAUUUUAUGCAAAAUAAUGAACAAGUUAAUUUUAACGCUUAUAAUAUUAAUCAGGUUGCUGCUUACCCAACGUACAUGAAUUUCCCUUUUAAUAUGACAUCUCAAAAUGAUUUUAAUGCAAUGUAUAAUGGUACAUUACCUAUGGAGUUAUACCCAAAUGAAAAUUUUUACAAUUCUGGCAACUUUGCUCCAUAA